UCUGGGUUCUUCAUAGAAACGCCUUCCUGCCAAAGGAGCGCUGCUGCGUUUGCCGCCGGUUGAGUGGCGUGUUCGCGUGUGGUUCUACAUAUUUUAUACAUUUAAACUCCGUUUAAACCACUAAACAUCAAUAAUGAAUAAGAAAGAAGAGGACGAUAUCAUCCGGAUCGCAAAAAAGAUGGAUAAAAUGGCACAGAAGAAGAACGGGGCCGGUGCACUGGACUUAUUAAAGGAACUAAAGAAUAUACCCAUGACCCUGGAGCUUCUGCAGUCUACGAGGAUAGGGAUGUCGGUCAAUGGCAUCCGCAAGCAGAGCACAGAUGAUGAAGUGACCUCACUGGCCAAGUCCUUGAUCAAAUCCUGGAAGAAAUUGCUUGAUGAACCUGCUGCAGAAAAGAACUCUGAGGAGAAAAAGAAGGAACACACAUCACCAGUGGUUUCACCAUCUCAAGCCAGCCCGGAGCCCAUAGAGGAGAGCUCAAGCAGUAAUUCUAGCAGUAAGAGUGAGUCUGUCGAUAUAACACCCAACACACUGAUAGCCACUUUCCCACGAGCACCAGGCACAUCUGACUCAGUCCGUAUCAAGUGCAGGGAGAUGCUGUCAAGUGCUUUGCAAACAGGAGAUGAUUACAUUGCAAUUGGUGCUGACUGUGAUGAACUUGGAGCUCAGAUUGAAGAAUGUGUCUUUUUGGAGUUCAAAAAUACUGAUAUGAAAUACAAGAAUCGCGUACGAAGCCGAAUAUCCAAUCUUAAGGAUGCAAAGAACCCCAACCUGAGAAGGAAUGUGCUCUGUGGGAAUGUGAGUCCAGACCGCAUAGCAAAAAUGACAGCAGAGGAAAUGGCAAGUGAUGAGCUGAAGGAGAUGCGUAAGAAUCUGACCAAAGAAGCCAUCAGGGACCACCAGGUGGCCACUUCUGGGGGCACCCAGACUGACUUGUUCACUUGUGGCAAGUGCAAAAAGAAAAAGUGUACCUACACCCAGGUUCAAACUCGAAGUGCUGAUGAACCGAUGACAACAUUUGUCUUCUGCACUGAAUGUGGAAAUAGGUGGAAGUUCUGCUGAAGUUGGGGUUUGUUCUUUGUGUUUGGAGAUGUAGCUAAAUUCCAGGACCACAUUUCUGUAUCAUGGACAACAAUUUAAUGGUUCACCUGAUGUACAAAGGCCACAGUAGAUCCUAUCAACUGUUUGUUUUAUUUUAAAGGGGUCAUAUGAUGCGAUUUCAAUUUUUCCUUUCUCUUUGGAGUGUUACAAGUUCUUGGUGCAUAAGGAAGAUCUGUAAAGUUGCAAAGACUAAAGUCUCAAAUCC